AUGUCGUUGGCGUUACCGGGUCCCUCCCAGGCGGGACUGUUCAAGCCUGGCUAUACGAGCCACGAUGCCGAAGAUGGCGCCGUCAUCCGCAAUAUUGAGGCCUGCCGGGCCAUCUCGCAGACCGUCCAGACCUCCCUGGGCCCCUAUGGCCGGAACAAGAUCGUGAUCAACCACCUGCAGAAGAUGAUCCUGACCUCUGAUGCGGCGACCAUCCUGAAGGAACUCGACGUCGUCCACCCGGCGGCCAAGCUGCUCGUCAUGGCCAGUCAGCAGCAGGAAUCUGAGAUGGGUGAUGCGACUAACAUGGUCAUCAUCCUGGCUGGCGAGCUGCUCCGGAAGGCGGAGGAGUUGCUGCGGAUAGGGCUCAAGACGAGUGAUAUUGUCCAGGGUUAUGAGAAGGCUCAGAAUUUUGCGUUGAAGGCUCUAGAAGUUUAUUUAAGAUCGUCGAUUGUAUUCGAGGGUUACUGGCUAACUGGAAAAGACCUUGAGGUCGACCGUUUGAAGGAAAUGCGCUCGCAAACUGAGCUUGUCAAGGCUCUCCGCACAGUCGUCGGAAGCAAGCAGUCCGGUUCGGAAGAGAUUCUCGCUUCUCUUGUCGCCGAAGCUGUCCUUGCUGUGUUGCCCAAGAAUCCUCUCAAUUUCAACGUGGAUAAUGUCCGGGUAGUCAAGAUUAUGGGUGGUAGUUUGGAGCAGUCGCGGGUCGUGAAGGGUAUGGUAUUUAAUCGGGAGCCCGAGGGCCAGGUUAAAAAGGCACGCAAGGCCAAGGUUGGAGUUUUCAGCUGCCCGAUCGACAUCUCGCAGACCGAGACGAAGGGAACGGUGCUCCUGCACAACGCGCAGGAGAUGCUCAACUUCACUAAGGGUGAGGAGGAGCGCCUGGAGGCGGCAAUUAAGGAGUUGUACGAUUCUGGUCUUCGCGUCAUCGUUGCCGGCUCCACGGUCGGCGAACUGGCUCUGCACUACCUCAACCGGUUCAACAUCCUCGUCAUCAAGAUCCUCUCCAAAUUCGAACUGCGUCGACUCUGCCGCGUGGUGGGCGCGACGCCGCUGGCCCGUCUUGGUGCUCCCAUGCCGGAUGAGAUGGGCACCGUGGACGUUGUGGAGACUACGGAAAUUGGAGGCGAUCGGGUGACAGUGUUCCGCCAGGAGGAUUCCAAUGCGGUGACUCGGACAGCCACUAUUGUCCUGCGAGGAGCGACGCAAAACCACCUCGAUGACGUUGAGCGUGCGAUUGACGACGGAGUCAACGUCGUUAAGGCUAUUACCAAGGACCCCCGCCUUGUUCCAGGGGCCGGUGCAACGGAAGUUCAGCUGGCUGAGCGCAUCUCUGCCUUUGCGGAUAAGACGCCAGGACUCCCGCAGCAUGCGAUCCGGAAGUAUGGUGAGGCGUUCGAGGUGAUUCCGCGCACGCUGGCCGAAUCCGCCGGUCUGGACGCCACGGAGGUGCUAUCGCGAUUGUACACGACACACCAACGCACGAACAAGGAUUCCGAAUCGGAGGAUGACUCGGAGGAUGAGGAGGAAGAAGAAGAAAGCGAAUCGUCCGAGGAGGAGGAGGAGCCGUACUGGACGACAGGCGUGGACCUCUUCUCGAACUCGUCUUCGGGCACGAUCGACGCUCUGGAGGAGGGUAUCCUGGACCUGAUGGCUUCGAAGAGCUGGGCAAUCCGACUCGCGACCGAGGCAGCCCGGACGGUGCUGAGCGUCGACCAGAUCAUCGUCGCUCGCCAGGCGGGCGGGCCGAAGCCACCGGGCCAGAACCCGAACUGGGAUGAGGAUUAA